UCUGCCUGUAAAAUGUACAAUGGGACAGAAUUUGAAUUCAUCCUGCUGGGGUUUCCUGCAUUUCAAGACAAGGAGUCUAAAUCAAUCCUUUCUGCAUUCUUCUUUUCUGUCUAUGUUUUGAUUUUACUUGAAAAUCUUUUCAUUAUUAUUGUAAUUGUCAUAGAUGAAAACCUGCAUAAACCCAUGUAUAUUUUUAUCUGCAAUUUAGCUCUUGCAGAUCUGUUAAUUACUACAGUUGUAAUUCCCAAAACAUUAGCAAAUUUAAUAUUUAAUCUGAACACAAUUUCAUUUUCUGCUUGCUUUAUUCAAGCUUUUGCCUACAUAUAUGGUAUAAAUGCCCAGCUGCAUAUCCUGGCAGCCAUGUGUUAUGAUCGUGUCGUAGCAGUUUGUAACCCAUUACAAUAUGUCAUAGUUAUGAGCAAUAAAUCAGUGAACACUAUGCUGUUAAUUUGCUGGACAGCGGCAUCAGUGUUUCCAUUGUUCCUUUUGUGCUUUGCUCUCCGGCUCUCUUUUUGUGGACCAAACAAAAUACCACACUGCUACUGUGAUCAUGGUUCAAUAAUCAAAAUGUCUUGUACAGAUUUUACUUUAAAUAGUGUUUUAGGUUUGGUUUGUGGUCUUGGUCUCAUAAUUGCUCAUGUCAUUAUUUUCAUUUUUUCAUACGCUAAAAUUAUAGCUGCUGUCCUAAAAAUAAAAAGUGCAGAUGGGUACAUGAAGGCCUUUUCAACGUGUGGGGCUCAUCUUUGUGUGGUGAUGACGACGCUGCUUUCUGCUGCUUUUGUCUAUAUCUCUUCUCGCAUACCAUCGUUUUCUAUGGAUGCUCGUGUCAUGGCUGCUACUGUUCAAAACCUGCUUUGUCCAAUGUUAAAUCCCAUUAUUUAUUCUCUGAUGACUAAAGAGAUUAUGGAAAGCAUAAAAAAAGUUAUUAAAAAAAUAUCAUAA